GGCUGCUCAGUCUGAAGUAUUAUUAAGGUGUGACUGCAACUGAGUGAGGACAUUCUCUCUACCUGUUAAUCACCAGCCUGGUUCAGAUACUAAUUGCAGUCUUUAAUCUCAGACAUUUGACUCAUGUUUGGCUCUGCUUGUGCAUCCUCGGCAGCUCCAUUUUAAGAGCAGUGUUGGAUGUCUGAAUCAGACCUGAUUUAGCUAUACAGCAGUACAUUUUAAAUGAGCAUCUGCAAGACAUGACAGGAAAUAAUUUUGAUGAGAUUCUCUGUCUUAUUGGGGGCUUUGGGAAGUACCAGAAGAUCUUGUAUGUGUGGAUCUGUCUACCGCAGAUCUUUCUUGCAUUCCACAUGCUGGUCUCUGUCUUCACUGGGGCUGUUCCACCUCAUUUAUGCCGCUCGACGUGGCCGCCAGAGGACAAUCCAGCAUCUUCGAACUUCAGCCAUCUGACAACUCCUGAUGGCCCGCAUGAGUUGUCAUGCACUGUUCCCUUGAACCACAGCAGUGUUUUAACUCUUGGCGAUGGACACCCUGCUGGGAGCUGCCAGGGGGGCUGGGAGUACAGCACCAAUACUUUCGAAAGCACUAUAGUAACUGAGUGGGACCUGGUUUGUGACAGUGCAAGCCUAAACAACAUGGGCUCCUCCAUCUACAUGUUUGGCCUCCUUAUUGGAGCUCUGAUGUUCGGGAGCUUAUCAGACAAGUACGGUCGCAGGAAUAUUAUCCUCAUCAACCUGGCUAUCCAGGCUGUAUUUGGGGUUGGUGCUGCUUUUGCCCCUAAUUUUUACGUCUACAUUGCUCUUCGUUUUGUGGUUGGAACAACUGUCUCUGGUGUUAUAAUGAAUGCCUUUGUCCUAGGCACAGAAUGGACUGGACCUAAGCAGCGAAUGCUGGCCGGUAUAAUCACUGACUACUUCUUUGGUUUUGGCUACAUUCUGCUGGCCGGAGUGGCGUAUCUCAUACGAGACUGGCGUAAACUGCAGCUGGCCAUUUCCAUACCCGGUUUCCUCUUCAUCUUUUACAUCUGGGUGUUGCCAAAGUCGGCCCGUUGGUUAAUGGCCAAUGACAGGAAUGAGGAAGCAUGGGAGCUGAUCCAUAAAGCAGCACAGAUGAAUGGGAAGCCCAUCACCAAAGAUCUGCAGAUGUGUCGGGUCUAUAAAACUGGAGAGAAAACAGAGGUGAAGAGAAAAUACUCAUGCAUAGAUCUUGUUCGAACCCCAAGAAUGAGGAAGCAGUCUCUGAUUGUUUUUUAUCUCUGGUUUGUCAACGUGCUCGUGUACUACGGCCUGUCCCUCAACGUCUCUGACUUUGGGAUGAACAUCUAUCUGACCCAGAUGAUCUUUGGCCUGGUAGAGAUGCCUGCGCGCACCAUCACCCUGUUCACCCUCAACCGCUCCCGCAAAAUCUCCCAGUUAGCUUUCCUGGCUGUGGGUGGCACAGCGUGCCUGCUGACCAUCUUCAUCCCUAGUGACAUGUCUGUCAUCAAAACGGUCCUGGCCAUGAUUGGGAAGUUUGGAAUCACAGCUUCUCUGUCCAUUAUUUAUGUCUACUCAGCUGAGUUGUUCCCCACUGUAAUAAGACAAAAUGGGAUCGGCAUCGGCUCCAUGUGUGCUCGGAUUGGAGGAGUCCUGGCUCCCAUGAUGUACCUGCUGAAGAGCAUCAGUCCUCUGGCUCCCAUGGUUGUCUGUGGUCUCUGCCCUCUGCUGGGCUCGGGCCUCACCCUGCUGCUGCCUGAGACAGCCAAUAAGCCCCUACCUGACACUAUAGAACACACAGAGGGAGCCGACCUCAGUGAAGUGGAUGGCAGUGUGAAGUCAGUCGACACCUCUCUGAAGAACACCAAUGCUGGCGGCACUGGGAUGGACUGACAUACAUCGGCGGGAGGUGUAUUUCUGGACUAUACCAAA